AUGUCUGGUGUUUGGGUUUUUGACAAGAAAGGAGUGGCGAGGCUCAUAACAAACCCAACAAGGGAAUCCUUCGAGCAGAAAGAGCCAAGACAACCUGGUACAGCCACCGCACCCGGUGCAAGACCAAGAGUCUUGGUGUAUCUCCCAAGCAACCAGGUCAUUCGUUCCUACGCCGAACUCGAGCAGCGACUCACUGAACUCGGUUGGACUCGCUACCGUGACUCGGACCGCUCUGACCUCAUCCAGUUCCACCGCUCAGACACCUCCUCCCACCUUAUCUCCCUCCCCAAAAACUUCUCCAACUUUAAGCACUUCCACUUCUACGACAUCGUCGUUAAAAAUCGCUCUUUCUUUCAAGUUCGUGACCCCACUAUGCAAUACCAAGACUAUUGUGACAACGAUAUUUCAAGUUAA